AUGGCCACACAAACAGACACAGCCCCUCAUACCCCUCCCAUCGCCCGCAACCUCCCCGACAGCAUGACGACCGACCAACCCGACCCAUCAGUCUACACCUGGUCCACCUUCUUCAGCAUCAUGACCGGGCACGCCUCCCCCACCGACCGCGCCCGCUACUUCCACCACCGCGACCUCCUCAACGAGAAACCCGACUGCGAGCGCGUCGACGCCGACAAACGCUGGCUCUUCAAGCACUCGCCUAUCAUCCGCUUCUUACAAUCCGAGAUCGCCCUCCUAACACCCCCCGUGGACCCCGCCACUUCACCUUCGCCAGCAAACCCGGGCGCUACUAUCGACGAACACAACGUCCGCUGCCGCCGCUGCACCACCUCCCAAGGCGGCGGCUUCGACCCCCAAUACGGCAUCCUGAUCUGCGCCAACCACAUGCGCAACCGCGGGCACCUCGAAGACACGCUCGCGCACGAAAUGGUGCACGCCUACGACCACAUGCGCUUCGUGCUCGACCCGUUCGAUCUGAAACACGCCGCGUGCAUGGAGAUACGCGCCUCGACUUUGUCCGGGGAAUGUCGGUUUAUGCGGGAGUUCUGGACGCGGGGGCAGUGGAAGAUUACGGGGCAGUUGCAGGAGUGUGUACGGCGGAGGGCGGCUUUGUCUGUGGCGCAACGGCCGGCGUGUAGGGAUGAUGUGCAGGCGGCGAAGGUGGUUAAUGAGGUCUGGGAGAGCUGUUUUAAUGAUACGAGGCCGUUUGAUGAGAUAUAUCGGUGA